CCCAUACACUUAUAAAAUCCCCGCAUGCGCAUGGCCCUCCUCCCAGCAUCUAUCCCUCGACCUCAUCAUCCGCAAGGCAGAUCCACAAAAGCACUCCCCCGCCACGCUUUCAGAUCAGAAGGGAGCUUCUCUGGUUGGCGAGAAGAAAAACCUGGGCUGCUUUCAAUCGAAGGCUUCAAUGGCGACGCCAUCAACUGACAAGAAGAACGUUGAGGUGUUGGAAACGGAAGAGGAUCAAGCUGUUUCUCUGGCUAAGUACACGGCCAAUCUUUCUAAUCAGUUUUGCAAAGAAAGAGGGGCUUUUUCUGUCGUUUUGUCUGGUGGGUCUCUCAUCAAGUCCCUCAGGAAGCUACUGGAACCCCCAUACAUUGAUUCAAUUGAAUGGUCGAAAUGGCAUAUCUUUUGGUUGGAUGAAAGAGUAGUACCAAAGGAUCAUGAAGACAGUAAUUAUAAGCUUGCUAAUGAUGGGUUUCUUUCUAAGGUACCAAUUCUCCCGGGUAAUGUCUAUGCAAUCAAUGAUAAGCUGUCAGCUGACGGUGCAGCAGCUGAUUAUGAGGCUCGUCUAAAAGAUUUGGUCAAUAGAAACGUGAUACCUUUAUCUGAAGCUAGUGGAUUCCCAAAGUUCGAUCUCAUGCUGCUGGGUAUGGGUCCAGAUGGACAUGUGGCUUCUUUAUUCCCAGGCCAUCCUCUGCUCAAAGAAAAUGAGAAAUGGGUCACCUUCAUUAAGGACUCUCCAAAACCACCUCCAGAGAGAAUUACUUUUACUUUUCCAGUAAUCAACUCGUCUGCGUACAUUGCCCUCGUGAUAACUGGUGCCGGUGAAGCUGGAGCAGUGCAAAUAGCUUUAGGAAAGAGUCAAAAUUCAGUUAAGCUUCCUGUUCAAAUGGUUUCACCUGAAGGGAAGUUGACUUGGUUUUUGGAUAAGGAUGCUGCUUCAAAGCUGUAGGGUUGGAAUGUUAUGUUUGUGUGAGUUGAACCAUAUAAUGUGGUAGUAUGGUUUAUGUUCUAUUGUGGUUUUAUGUAUCUUCAAAUGAGCUAGCAUGUUUAUUUAAAGGAGUUGAAUAAUAUCUGGAUGAUAUAUGAUAUGCUUUUAC